CUUCAAAUGCUCAAGACUUGGAGAGAAUGGACGAAAUGGAGUAUAGGAUUGUUGAUGAGGCAAGGAUAAGGAGGAAUGUGGAGCCUAGAUUUGACGGGCACUUCACAACCCUUAUAUCCUUAGCUAUAUUGGAAUAAAAAUCUUUGAAACUCACGUGGCUCGGAUGCAGCUGUAUGUUUCUGCAUAUUAUUCUAGAAGAAUACCGCGAGAUGGAGAUGGCUUCUGUUGCGCUCAACAUCAAGGACAGGAAAUGUGGUGUUUCCCCAGACAUCGUCAGGAUCAUCCAAGACCUUCGGAAGAAUCACGUAGCUAUUGCUAUCGUCUCUAGGAACACCAAUAAACGCCUGACUGAUCGGGCCCUUUGGUUCAUUAACAUUAAGGAUCCCAAAGAUGGCCAGGUGAAACAUAUGACGAAGCUAAUCAAAUUCAACGACGAAUAGGAUGUCUCAAAAAUGGAACAUUUUGAAAGAACUCCGGGCUGGAGCCAGCAAGAGUUUCACGAUAUGGUAUGGACCUUACAUC